AUGGAUUUUUACAGCGCGGGCUCUGAAAAGCCCUCGGAGCGUUCUAGAUGGACCCCUCUUACCCGCAUGCUUCUCUCUGGAGAAAUGACCCAGGAGAAGCAAAAAGACCUGUCAAUGAGAGAACGCUUCGACAGGUGGAUGAUUAACGAAGGUUACCGCAGAGUUUUCGUCUUUGUUUUCUUGCUCCUGCACGCACUCAUCUUCGCCUUUGCCUCAGUCCACUACGGCGUCAAGGAUAAUUUGCAAACAUCUCGCGAUACUUUCGGCCCAACCUUCACCAUUGCGCGUUCCGCCGCCUUGGUCCUCCACGUUGAUGUCGCACUCAUCCUGUUCCCCGUGUGCCGUACGCUCAUCUCUCUGGCCCGUCAAACUCCUCUCAAUGGUAUCAUUCAGUUUGACAAGAACAUCACUUUCCACAUCACCACCGCUUGGUCUAUCGUCUUCUUCUCGUGGGUUCACACCAUUGCCCACUGGAACAACUUUGCCCAGAUCGCCGCCAAGAACAACCUCGGAAUUUACGGAUGGCUCCUUGCCAACUUCGUCUCUGGCCCUGGCUGGACUGGUUAUGUCAUGCUCAUCGCCCUCAUGGGUAUGGUCUUGACAUCCAUCGAGAAGCCGAGACGUGCCAACUACGAGCGAUUCUGGUAUACUCACCACAUGUUCAUCAUCUUCUUCUUCUUCUGGUCCUUCCACGGUGCCUUCUGCAUGAUUCAGCCCGACUUUGCGCCCUUCUGCGUCAGUAUUGGUACUUCUGCCAUCGGUGUCUUCUGGCAGUACUGGAUGUACGGCGGUUUCAUCUACCUUGCUGAGCGUAUUGCUCGUGAGGUUCGUGGACGUCACAAGACCUAUGUCUCCAAGGUCAUCCAGCACCCCAGCAACGUCUGUGAAAUCCAGAUCAAGAAGGAGCACACCAAGACCAAGGCCGGACAGUACAUCUUUUUCUGCUGCCCUGCCGUCUCUCUGUGGCAAUACCACCCCUUCACCCUUACCAGUGCCCCCGAGGAGGACUACAUUUCCAUCCACAUGCGUGUCGUUGGUGACUUCACCCGUGGUGUCUCCCAGGCUCUCGGCUGCGAUUGGGACCGUAAGAAGGACGACGCUUCCAAGGUUGUUGGUGUCAACAGCGACAACAGCGAGGUUGACCCCGCCCUCCGCCGUGUCCUCCCCCGUGUCUACGUCGACGGACCCUUUGGUUCGGCCUCUGAGGACGUCUUCAAGUACGAGGUUUCCGUUCUCUGCGGUGCCGGUAUUGGUGUCACGCCCUUCGCCUCUAUCCUCAAGUCCAUCUGGUACCGCAUGAACUACCCGCAGAAGAAGACGCGCCUUAGCAAGGUCUACUUCUUCUGGAUUUGCAGAGAUUUCGGCUCCUUCGAGUGGUUCCGCUCUCUACUUCUCGCCAUCGAGGCUCAGGACGUUGACAACCGCAUCGAGAUCCAUACCUACCUGACGGCCAAGAUCAAGGCAGACGACGCGACGAACAUCAUGAUUAAUGACGCAAAUGCCGACAAGGAUACCAUUACCGGUCUGCGCUCUCCCACCAACUUUGGCAGACCCAACUGGGACAUGAUUUUCAGAGGUAUUCGCAAGUUGCACGCACCCGCCGAGGCCGGUGUGUUCUUCUGUGGCCCCAAGGGAUUGGGUAGCGCGCUGCAUAUUUACUGCAAUAAGUACAGUGAACCUGGCUUCUCUUUCGUCUGGGGCAAGGAGAACUUUUAA